AACAUCUAUAAUAUAAUCUCUAUAAUAAUUCCAUUCCAUCUUACACUAUGAGAUACGCCUUUGUUCCUCUGGCGCUGGGCCUUGGUGCCAACGCCCUCGUCGCUCGCUCAGGUACCCAGUGCUACACGCUCAAAGCAUCUGGCGGCGCCCAAGGUGUCCUUGGCCAACUCGGCGAUGGUCAGAAUCGGGUUGGCGACAAGUUGCCCAACGGUUGCUACUGCCUAUCCAAUGGCGGCUUUACUGAUUCCAACGGACGAGGCUGCAUCCUGACACCUCCCACGACCCAAUUCCAAUGCGACGUCGGUGCUUCACCUACAUCGGGCUUCGCAGUAGGAUCCGACGGCAGCGUGACUUACAGCGGCUCCGCCACCUUCUACGCCUGCCCCGUCAACGACAACGGCGUCUACAACGUCUACUCACAGCCUGUGGCCAACCAGGCAAAAUGCGUCAAAAUCUCCCUCGCUGCCGCCGGCUCUUGCGGCACCAGCAGCACACCACCUCCACCCAAACCCUCCCCCUCCCCUUCCCCACAACCAUCGCACCCCUCUGCGCCCGCAGACGUCUGCCCACUAGACCUCAACGGCGCAUACCAAUUCCCGCAUCUCAUCGUCCCCGUCAACGCCGACCACCCCGACACAGCCUACGGCACGCAGUACAACGCCAAGGCCGACUCCCGCACCUGCACCAUCUUCAACUUCGACAUCCCGUACUCGUACGCCGGCAAGAAAUGCUCCACCAUCUUCCUCUUCCCCAAAAAGCAAGACCUCCAAACCUCCGACUACACCAUCUCCGGCUCCGGACACGUCUCUGUUUCCCGUCUCGCUGGCCCCGCAACCCAGGGCACCACGUGGAAUAAUCGGCCCAAGGACAGCGGCGCCAGUACCUGGUUCGAUCUCACUCCGGGCACCGAGUGGUAUGUCGAGUCCCAGGAUUGUGCGGCGGGACAGACGAUUGCGUAUGAAAUGUGUGCCGAGGGUAGUUUUGCGGUCGAGUAUUUCCAGGAUUAUAAUCCUAGUCCUAUUGGCUUGUAUGUGAGGGAGUGUUAGAUGGGGAUGAUGUUAAUGUCUUUUUUUUUAAAAAUGUGGGGGAGGGGAUGUAAUCGGUAAGAGUGGGAAGAAUGAUGAUGAUGACGAUGAUGAUUAUGGAUGAAAGUAUGACACUCCUUUAGACUAGCAAUCAGUAAUGAUAUUGUACAUAUAUUUU